AUGUACUCGUCAAGCCGCCACUCUCCUGCCUGCGCCUUGGCGUCGCUUUCUGCUUCAGCUCCUGCUUCUCUCUCGGUCGGAGGGGCCAGAGCUUCCAUAUUGAUGUCUUCUUUCGGUUCGACCAAAGCAGGUAUUUCCGACGAUGGCGAGGCCCGGACUCUGCUCUCCGUGACUGCAUUGGGCCCUAGCCUCGAGGAUGUGCAGGAUCUGCUGGCAACAGAACCAAAAAUCAUCACAUCGUUGAGAGCAUCAUGGGCACGACCAUUACCACCAUCAGUUUCCUUCCUAUUUUCAAGAUCCACGCUUUCAGUUCGCAUUCGUCGACAGGUCCUCCACGAUUGUGCAACACCAACCACCAGUAUCAUUCCAACAAAAACAACCAAAACAAUUACGGUGAACCGAUCCAUCGUCCUUCUACCUGCAGCAACUCUUCUCAGCAGAUUAGAAAUGCUUCUGAUGCUCCUUCAAUCGAGAAAAUAG